AUGGGAAUUUCGGGUCUGCUGCCAUUUGUGAAGAAGGCUUGUCGUGAUGGAAAUAUUAAUGAGUUGGCGGGUUUAUCUGUCGCAGUCGAUGCGAGCUGCCUGCUUCAUCGCGGCAUGUUUGGCUGUAUGGAUCAAGUCGCAACUGGUGAAGAAACCAAUUUUUAUAUCUACUAUGUACGCAAGUAUAUUAAAACUCUACUAGACCAAAAAUGCCACGUGGUUAUGGUAUUUGAUGGGCGACGAUUGCCAGCCAAGAAGGAUACAAAUGCAGAAAGACAAGCAAGAAGGGAAGAAAAUUUAUCACAAGGGCAUGCAUUGCUAAGCCAAGGAAAAGUGGAUGAGGCUAGCGAAAAGUUUAAGCGCGCAACUCAUAUCACCCGAGAAGUAGUGGAGAGCACAGUUAAGUUUUUUCGUUCGUAUCGAAAUGUCGAUAUCAUUGUGGCUCCAUAUGAGGCUGAUGCAGAGCUAGCUUAUUUGUCUCGAGAAGGCUUAGUCGACGCUGUUAUCACACAAGACUCGGAUCUGAUUGUAUUUGGAUGUGAAAAGAUAUUCUUUAAAUGGGAGCACGCUUCCGGUUCAUGCUUGAUCUACGAUCGAUCUUGUUUGGAAGAUUGUUUCCCAACAGCUUUCAAAUUCACGUUUGAAAAGUUUCGCCGAGUUUGUAUUCUAGCUGGUUGCGAUUAUCUCCAGGCUGGUCUACCGGGUGUUGGAAUUAACAAGGCUUUGACUUUCUUGACGAAAACAUCUCAAACUAAUCCUCGUUUAAUGUUGAAAAAAAUUCCCACCACUCUCAGGAUGCCAAAACUGCGUGUUAGCGAUGAAUUUGUUGAAGAGUUUAUUAAGGCUGAAAAUACUUUUCUUCAUCAGGUGAUUUUUGAUCCGAUUUCCCGUACUCAGCAGCCACUCACUCCCUAUCCGAUUAAUUCCGAAAACAAUGAAAAUUUUAAUAUAAUGGCUGAUGAUUCACCAAUACAUACGUAUGCUGGAGAAGUGGUUAAUCCAAAAUCCUCUGUUCGUUUGGCUCUUGGGAACCAUAUUGAUUGCAAAGGUGUUUUGGAAGAUGUUUUUCUCUUGUCGGAGCAACCUCCACAUUGGUCUGUUUGGAAUGAUCAGUACAAAUCACUUGGCACAAUUAUCAGACACGAGAACAAAUUGGAGAAACGCAAGCAGCCGAACAAUAAUGCCAUUCAGUUCGACUUUGCUGAAAAUAAACGGGUGAUGACGCCAAAAGUUCAAGCUACUACAACUUGUAACGGUUCUAUUCAAAUCAGCGCUACAGCGAAAAAGUCCACUGUCACACGUCGUUUGCGAAAUGAAGCUACCUUGAAUUGGACAGUUGAUGAUAUGUUAAGAUUGUACUCAUCACAACCUUUAACCUCUAGUUCUCAGAAUUCGCCUUUUACUCAACAAUCGGGCAGUUCACAAUCGCCAGAUAGGAAACGCAAGUACAGUGCAGAUGAAAGAGAUGAUAACUCCGACACCAAAGACUCGUGUGAUUUGUUUUCCGACCCUGAAUCUUUGACGGAUACAAUUGAAAACAAUGUUCAUGGCGAUUCUUUGGUGGUUUCUGAUGUAGUUAUUACCAGAACCAAAGAGAUUACCAGCUCGGCUCAAUCAAUUGCAAAUUUGUCACGAUUGCCUGAAAAUCCCUUCAAGAAAGAUUUUGGCUUAGCCGGUGGCAAGAUAUAUGAGCCACCCAAAAGAAAAUAUCGGUCUGUUGGAAUUGCUAGUCAAAUCAAUGACGUCGAGAACAAAAUAGCGGAUGAAAAUGUCCAGAAGACUCCGACUUCUAGACAAACUGUUUUGACCAAUAUUCGAGCAUUUGGCUUUCGGAGCGCAGGCCUAAGAAAGGUCCAGAAAGAGAGCAAC